AUGAGAGCACGCACUGAUCCAUGGUUUUCGGAAUUUUUAUUAAGAGUCGGUGAUGGAGAUGAAGAAGCGGUGGACGAAAGCUUUAUUCGCAUACCGGAUGACAUGACCAUUCCCUAUGCUGAUAAAGAGAAUGUCGACGAGAUUAAUGAUCAGUUGAUCGACAAGUUUUCUGGAGAUGAAAAAAUAUACUACAGCUUCGACAAAGCAGAAGAUGAUAAGAACAACAUCUAUCCGAUGGAGUUCUUAAAUUCUUUAACUGUUAGUGGUUUGCCUCCUUAUUACCUUCGUCUCAAGAUUGGAUGCCCAAUAAUACUGUUACGAAAUAUCGAUCCCUCGAAUGGAUUGUGUAAUGGCAUUAGAUUGAUAUGCAGAGGCUUUCAACAGAACGUCAUCGAUGCAGAAAUAGCUGUUGGUCAGCAUGCUGGAAAGAGAGUAUUUCUUCCGAGAAUUCCCUUAUGUCCGUCCGAAGACAACAUGUUCCCGUUUAAGCUGAAGAGAAAACAAUUUGCAAUUUGGCUUAGCUUUUCUAUGACAAUCAAUAAAGCUCAAGGGCAAACAAUUUCGAAUGUAGGUGUUUAUCUACCGGAAUCAGUUUUCUCACAUAGGCAACUUUACGUGGCGUUGUCCAGAGGGAUAUCACGGGGGAAUACGAAGGAAAUAUUUACGGAUGAGUGCAUCACGAAAAACAAACAACAGUUCGAAUAUACGGAUGAACAUUAUUUUACGAACGAUUGUGUUUCUUUGUUCAUUCAAGAAUUUCAAGUUUUGUAA